AGGAAGAAGGGCUCCUGAAGGAACUGAGUUCUCUAUUUCUUCAUGUCCUUGAUGCUGCAAAGGAGGGAAAGGCACAGAAGAUAAAAUACAGGGGGGAAGUGAAAGAUAUGGUGGAAAUGUGUCAUUUUCUUGAAGGGUCCUCUCUGCAAGAAGCUGAGAGAAGAGCUUCAAAGUAUUUCAGCAGCCAGCUGGGCACUGCAUUACCCUUACUAUUCAAAGCUGACAGAGAUGAAAAAGAACAGGAAAUACAGGUUCUGCUGGAGAUCAGAAAGGCACUGGAAAAGCUGAUGCAGUUUGUUAAGAAGAUACAAGAAGAAGAAAAGAGAAUAUGUGUGCAAAUUGCACAGAGAGAGAAGCAGAGGGGAUGCAGGUCAAGUACAGAAACAGCACCCAAUGUGAUGCUCAGACAGGUUAUAGUCGCUCUAGCCUCUGAAUUUCAGGAAUGCAUGCUGAAACAACAAGCUAACGUAGAGACUGCAUACACUAAGCUGGAACUUUUGAGGGACUUGUCAGAUAUCCAAACCCAGCAGGCAAAGAUGCUUUUCUGUGGGUCACAAUGCUGUUUUGAAAACUAUGAGACAGCCAGCUACUAUGGCAGCAGUGGGAUCUCACACAGUACAGGCAAGGCCAUCGACCACAGUGUGAUGCCACUGCUCAAGUCUAUGGUUCAGAUGCUGGAGGAAGACAGCAGAAGUUACGUAUCAUCUGAGACACCUGAAACAGCAAGUUCCUCUCAGAGUAAACAAGAUGCCUUCUCCAGUCAAGAAGGAGAGCUAAUAGUAGUGGAUUCUGCAGCCCUGUCCACGAGGGAGUUUGUCACAUAUCAGUAUGGCAUCUCCCUGCUGCAGUUUCUCAGCCUUCACAUUGAUGCUCCAGAAGUUAAGCUGUGUGUUGCCUCCAGUAUUCCUCUCUGCAGUGCUGCAGGCAGUGCCUUCAGGAACUCGUUCUUUUAUCAGACUUCAAAGAACAAACUGUUCAUCCUGAGGGAUUGUCUGGGUUCUGUGGGAAGCUUCCUCCUGCUCCUUGUGCACUGCUUUGCUCACAUUGCUGCUGCUGACUUCAGCCAAGACACCAACCCAACCUUCCUGAGGCUUUUUCAUCAGGCACUGAAGACUUGCCUUGGUGAAAUGUUUUCUCUCAGACUCCAGCUGUCAGCAGUUCUCCAAGGUAAUAAAUCCUUAGGGAUAACUCAGAUGUUGCUGAAGGAAGAGCCGUUCUCCAAGGAAGAAAGAAGCCUGAUCUCCCAACUUUUUGAGGUGAAAGGGAAAAACUUCACAGAAAUUGAAGCCUUUGAGAAGAUAAUAAAACAGACUGAGUCCUGGUCUGGUUGAAAGCUCUUCUUUUUAUACAUACUUCAUUACAAAAUGGCAAUUAAAAGCUGCUUAUAGAUAUUGGCCCUCCCACAUUUGCAGCCAUCAAUUCCCAACAAACACCCGUUUCAAAUCUAACAGCCUCAAUAGUAGCACAAGCUACCAUUUUUACCUGGAAAAAAAGACCUUCAUAUCAGAAAAAAAUUAUUUGGCCUCAUACAAAUCACAGCAUAAAAAGCAGUACUCUGAAAAAUGUAUGUAAAGAGUCUAUU